AUGGCACCCUCAAGAGUAACCUACCGUCGCCGCAACCCCUACAACACCACGUCAAACUUGACCCGGGUUGUCAAGACUCCCGGUGGUCAAACGCGGCUCCUCCACAUCAAGAAGCGCGGUACUGCGCCCAAGUGCGGUGACUGCGGAGUCAAGCUCCCUGGUAUUCCCGCUCUCCGUCCCCGCGAGUAUGCCCAGAUCUCCAAGCCCAAGAAGACGGUUCAGCGUGCGUAUGGCGGUUCAAGAUGCGGCAACUGCGUGCGGGACCGCAUCGUCCGGGCCUUCCUCAUUGAGGAGCAGAAGAUUGUCAAGAAGGUGCUGAAGGAGCAGAGCCAGGCGGAAAAGAAGAAAUAA